AUGGAAGAAUGUAAACCAUCCUCCGAUGCAGCGGAAACUGUGAUGGAAAAUGGUUCUACCCCUCUGCCUGAAGAUAAAACUUGUGGAGCCUUCGAUUCACAAAACAAGGAAACUACAGAUAUAAGUGAAGAAACCACAAUAUUGAAAGGAUCUGUUCCACUGGAGCAUGAGAAUGUGGUGUCAGAUUCUGGAGACAAGGGAGAGGAAGAUAAAAGUAACGAAAAGGAGGAGGGUGAAGAGAAGAAUCACGCUGAAGAAAAUGUUGUAGCAAAAGCGAUGGAGCAUGAAGAUUCAAAAGAAGUUGUUCCAGAUUAUGGAGAUAAGGGAAAUGAAGAUGAAAGUGUUGAAAAGGAGGUUGUUGAGAAGAAACACACUGAAGAAAAUGCUGCAGCAAAGGAGACUGAUAUUGAAGAAUCAAAAGAAGUUAAAAAGAUUGAGGCAUCAAAUUCUAUGGAAAAGGAAAAUAAAAUAGAAGAAUCAAAUGAAGAGACCAAGAUUGAGGAAACAAUUAUUGUGUCAGAAGAAAAUGAUACAGGAGAAACAAAAGAAGACAAAGAGACCAAGGACACAAAUACUUCUGCUGAGGAUGUGAAAAUGGCCGAUGAAGGAGGCAAUGAAGCAAUGGAAGCUGAGUCCACUGGAGAGGAGCGUUAG